UUCCAAACAACAUAAACCAUCAAACAUUAGUUUCUUUUUGUUUCUCUUUUGGUCAUCACUUCCUCAAUUUAUAUAUCAUUCUUAUCAAGAAAGAACAAAAUGGAGAAGAAGUUUAGCCUAGUGCUAAUUCUCCCUCUUCUGAUAAUGAUUCUUCUUGUCGGAACCCAUGCAAAAAAUAUAACAGAGACUCCAGCAUCUCAGCCUCAACCUCCUAAAACUUCACCAGUGAAUGGUACCACUCCUGGUAGUCUCCACCCUCAAGAAUGUUUACCAAAGUGCACAUAUAGAUGCUCAAAGACACAAUACAGGAAGCCAUGCAUGUUCUUCUGUCAAAAAUGUUGUGUAAAGUGUCUUUGUGUUCCUCCCGGGACUUAUGGGAACAAGCAAUUCUGCCCUUGUUACAAUAAUUGGAAGACUAAGAGAGGAGGACCAAAAUGCCCCUAAAUUCAUCGGCACUGACAAUAUAAAGAACUUUUAUAGUAUCACUGUAAUUUAAUUUGUUGUAAGACGUUACGUUGUUUGUCUUAUUUUCAAAUUACUAGUUCCACUUGUUAUAGAUAAUCUCCUGUAAUUAUAUUUUAAGUGACUAAAUAAUGUAAAAUUCUUUCACUUUAUCA